GCGCUGCGAGCGGGCCGCGCGGCGCGCAUGCGCGGAGGCGGCGGGCGCAGGCGCAGUGCGCGCCGCUGUCACCAUGAACCCCCUGACGAAGGUGAAGCUGAUCAACGAGCUGAACGCGCGGGAGGCGGAGCUGGGCGUGCAGGAGGCGGUGUCGUGGCACGCCGAGUACAAGGACAGCGCCUGGGUCUUCGUCGGCGGGCUGCCCUACGAGCUCACCGAGGGGGACAUCAUCUGCGUGUUCUCGCAGUAUGGAGAGGUCGUGAACAUUAAUCUGGUGCGGGACAAGAAGACAGGAAAAUCCAAAGGCUUCUGCUUUCUCUGCUAUGAGGACCAGAGAAGCACUAUUCUUGCAGUUGACAACUUUAAUGGAAUCAAGAUAAAAGGAAGAACGAUCCGAGUGGACCACGUGGCUAACUAUCGCCCCCCCAAAGACUCUGAUGAUUUAGAUGAUGUCACCAAAGCCCUCCGUGAAAAGGGCUGUGGAGUUAAAACACCACCUCAUACUUCAUCUGAUUCGUUGUCAGAAGAUGAUAAUGUGCCAGUAAAAAAGCAAAAAGAUAAAGAGAAAAGCAGGCAAGAACGGCAAAAGCAGAGCCUGCACGCUGUGAAGAGGGCUGCGUCUGCAGAGGAGUCGCAUCCAAGAAUCAAAAUUAAAAAGGAGAAAGAGGAUCCUGCCUAUGACCAGUAUGCCAAUGUGAGUCAGCAGUCCUGGAACGGGUCUGAGAGGAAACAUGCGAGCAGGACGCAGCGGGAAGAGGAAGAGCAGAGGCACCAGAGAGCUUCGGAGAGAAGAGGGGAAAAGAGCUGCCAGGAACAGAGGGGACAAAACAGCCUGCGGAAAGAGAGAGGAGAGACUGGCAGAAAGGGUGAAGGCCACAGCAGCAGGCGAGACGAGCGUCUCGAGGGAAGCAGAUCCAGGGAGCACCGGGAGAGCAGCAUCACAGAGCCCCAUUCCAGACACAGAGAGCCAAGUACCGCUAGGGAUUCCAACCGCCGCUAAGCUGGGGGGUGAGCAGCACCUGGGGCCACGGCUGCUCUGACCAAACAGUCGGAGUGUGGUCCCUGAACCUAGCCCAAAGCCCGUAUGAAGCCUCCUUAUGUCUCUGUGAGGAUGCCACAGCUAGACUGCUAGUUUCCACCAGUUCUAGCUUUGUUUGUCAUUCCAGCUCUUGGACAAGGAUCUCCUCCUCGCUUCUGAUGCAAUCGGGGAUGUGAAUUUUGUCGUCUUCUUGUUCAGCCCUUCUCUGCUGUGGCAUCUUGCGGCAUUAAUGGUGGAUGGCCUUGCAGACACGUAGAUGUGUCGAGCCAUUCACCGCAACGUGAAAACAGUCACUGGGCUGCUGUGUUCCCUAAGCAGCCCCGUGUCAGCAGUCCUGGUGGGACUGGUUUCCAUUCCCCCCCCCAUUACACUCACUCUCUCCUCUCUCGCUGCAGAGGGAGAUUGGUGGGAAUCUUGUAGGCCUUACACACACUGGCUUUGUACCCUGAGCCCAUCCUGUGUAGCUGCCAGCUUCUGUGAUGAAUCCCAAGGGAUGCACUGUUGAGUCAGGGCUAUUUAUUGUUUUCUAAAAGUCCCUUAAUAAAGCUGUUGUAUUAACUGAAAGACAGAACUGUAAGCAGCAGUUCUCUUUCCUGGUGACUGAUUAAAGGUAUAUUUUUUCUUA